AUGUCGAUUGUGACCCAGUGCAAUCCUAUCACGGCGGACUGUGGAUUGCACAACGCGACAGACGAUAAUGCUUCAAUACCAUAUCAUUGCUCCGAACUCUUCAAUGGCGACCUAAACGGGAUACCAAGCAACAGCUUAGAGCGGCUCAAAGGCUGGAACACAAAAUUCUUCGAUCUUGACAACGGAUCUCCACGGGGGAUCUCGGUCGCAUCUCAGCUAAACCCGUCCAGCUACAAUGUUACAGCCGUGGUGGACAGUAUUAACCUUGAUGGUAUUGCCCGCGCUCAUGAUUCACAGGUACAUCAGGGUACUGUCGUUGGAAUUGGCAACGGUCGUGUGGCUUUCGCAAUUUCGUGCACUUCUACAGUUUACGACGUUACGUACUCGCUAGUAAACGGUAAUAUUUACGCAUUUCAUACGACGUUAGCUACCCCCAGUACCGCAGCCAUCAUAAAAGCACCGUCACAGGCCGGCUUUGGUAGCUAUGAACUGUUCGAGAGAGCCGCAAUGUCUAUAUUGCUUACCAAUUCAACGGUCUUGGACCCUAUGGAACUUGCUUUCAGCCAAACCUUCCUGGCGCUCGCAGCUGGCGUUUACACCUCAGUACCGAAUCGCGAGAACCGUUGGCGCGGCGAAAUGACAUUGACAAGAAUUGGGAGAGGAUCAUUCUACUUUUUGGUCGUUAGUAUGUUCUUAUACGCGGUCGUUAUUGUGGUCUUCACGGUGCUUGCGCUCAGUGUCUUCUGGAGGAAUGAUAUGCGGGAAUUACAAGCUCGGUUGAUACCCUAG